UUAGAAGCGGUGCGAUCAUGGCGGAGCGCGGUCAGCUCCCUCCUUAUGCAAAGCGUCUCUGUUGUCGACCCGGUUACAGUUCAGGGUGUAGGUUAGGCCAGCAGGCGGGUGAUACCUGGCCUGGGAGCGGAACGUUCUGCGUUGGACCAUCAUCAUCAGCAGCAGCUGCCGCCGCCGCUGCCCUGGUGUUGUUGCCGCUUGGCAAGACACAAAGCCCCGAGUCCUUGCUAGAUAUUGCGGCUCGUAAGGUGGCAGAGAAGUGGCCUUUCCAGCGGGUGGAGGAGCGGUUCGAACGGAUUCCGGAGCCGGUACAGCGCAGGAUCGUCUACUGGUCCUUCCCUCGCAGCGAAAGGGAGAUAUGUAUGUACUCCUCCUUCGACACCGGCGCUGAGGGUUUUACCACCCUUGGGCGCGCAGCCGCCAACACCACGUCCGGUGGGGCCGUAGACGCCGUCGCUGAUGAGAACCGCCUACCUUUCCGCAGGGGCAUAGCUCUGCUCGAUGGCGGCUGCGUCGAUAAUGUCCUGCAAGUCGGGUUCACCCCCAGUAAUCCGGGUCAUCGCCGCACCCUGGAUCAUAGUAGGGAGGAGAUGUCUCCACCGCGCCUCCCCCACCUCCUCAGGGCCACUAGUUAGAUAUGAAUCAGCAGAAGGCGCCACACAAGGAUGAGGAUCUGUUCCGUGCUCCAAAAUAAAAAAAUAAACGAUUGUGAGAUUCCAAGAGCGGAUCUGUGGUGCGAGGGAGGAGGAGGGAGCGGGCAGCGGGCGGGGAGCUGCGAACAAAGGCAUUUCUAGGAUAACAGCGAGCCGGAGGGGAGGGGGUCGCAGUGGUCGGGGGGCGAUGGGAGGGGGGACGGCUAUGUCCUGGAUAAAUAUUUAGGGAUCAGGGGGACUGACGUGAAGAUAUUUGCUUUGGGAAGUGGUGCUUUAUGAAUACGGUGGGAGUGAGGGAUGCUCUUCAUUUAGUAAGAACAAUACUCCCUCUCUUCCCUGCCGCUGCUCAUCCGCCGGCGAGUGCCGUCGGUUAAUUCCUCUGUGUCUCCGCUUAAGUGGUCCCGGAGGUGGGUGCUCUCUUCCUGUGUGCUGUGGAGGCGGGGGGUUGAAGGACGAACAUGGGAGACUGUAUUCCCAUUCUAAGGGAGAGAUGAAACUUCGACGGAGGGAUCUGCUUUGUGACUGGUGAUGCCCAGCAGAGAAGCUGGCGACCGAACGCUGUUCUUAUUUUCAUAUUUAUUUGCGUCUUUUUCUAUUGUCCCCACCCCUGUGAAAGGGGAAGACAGGCGAAAGAAACUGCUUAACAUUUUUUUUUUUUUUUCUCCACCCACGGUAUAGCGGUUGAUAAAGUGGUGGUAGUCAGGGCCGCCCUGGUGCCGUCUCGAGCAGCCUUUUGUUUGUGCUGAGCCCUGUCUGCUCGCGGCCUAUAAACGUGCACCUCUGGAUAGCCAUUUAUUUUCUGAAGGGAAGCUCCAUUGUUGUUCUUAGGCUUGCUGCCGUUCCAUCUUCAGCUUAGGGAGACUUCAGCUCUGAGAUAAUAUUUUUUUUCUUUUUUUUUUAAACAAAUUAAUUAUCUUAUAAGUUUCAUCUUUUGGAUUUCUCCCCCUUUCCAACGGCCUGAGGCAUGUCUGUAGUUCCUCUGAACUGGCAAAAACAAAUUAAGAACUGUUCUUAAUAAUCAAGCAGUGAGGCUGUCCACUAAUUGUUGAAAGCUGAAUGUUCUUAGUGUAAUAAUUAGCAUCGCUUAAUUCUGAAUGAUUUUUCUCCAGAUAAUUGGCUUAAAAAUUUGACUAGCAUCGAACUUAGUGUUACAGUCCUUUCUACUGUAGCAUAAGAUUUCAUAAUCACAGUAGUCGUGCCUCUUAGGUGUUGGGGGGAAGAAACUUCCAAGGGAAGGAAAAAAAUGUAAAGAAUUCAUUAACUGACUGGUACUUAACGCAGCUAUAGAAUGUAAUGUUAAUAUUGCAAGCUGGAAAGCUACCUUCCAUGGGGAGGAGGGUUUAGCUGAAGUGUCAUUAGUAUUGAGCUGCAGAUUUGGUUUUCUAAAGCCCCUCAGUGAAAUAUGAUCAUCAGGAUGCAAUAAAUUGUUCUAGAAGAACAAAGUAAAAUUUCUCAAGUGCAAAGUAAGCUGAAACUCCCUGGAUGUGUUUUGUUUCAUAAGUAACUUUUUUUUUGCUGUUUUUUUUUUCUAGUUCUAUUUUAAUGGUAUUUAUCUUCUGACUCAGAGGUGCUUUUGUCACCUAUUAUUAAAAAUAAUUAUCACCUCCUUUUUUUCCUCAAAUAUAAACUACAAGUUGGUGGUUAUUUUCAAAGCUAGGAGAAGCCUUUUUUUUUUUUUCAGCAGGAAGAGAAAGCUUUAUGAGACUUGCUAACUGCUCUGUAAUUCUGGCUGAAUGCCACCUACAUAUAUUGUAAUUGACAACUUUCAUAUCCUCUUAGAGGAUGAUGAUUCCAGUUAAUCAUUUUCUUGUUGGAGUGCCAUCAGUAUAAUGUGAAACACCAUUUUGUUGAUAAAACCACACUGGGUAUUUUACUAGCAAAGCUGGCACAGGUGUUGUGGUGCUAUAGAUUGAAAUGUACCUCUUAGCAGACAGGAUGAUCUUUGCUGAUGCAUGCAAUAUAUAUCUAUUUAAUGAAACAUGUAGGACACAUGGAUUUAGUUUUCUUAAAAUAUUUAAUGCAAAUAAUACUAAAUUAUGUGACAAAAUCAAGGCAGAAAAAAACUUUAUUUGAAGACCAGAUUACUAAAUGUGGAAAAUUUUAAGUCAAUUCAUUUUUUUCUAGUCUUUAAAAAUAACAAAUCUGGAUUUCAUAAAAAAAGAAAACAUUCCAAGAUGUGGAAAUAAAUUUUACAUGGUCUUUCCAUGUAAUUAUAAAUAGUAUAAUAAAUCUGUAAUGUCAACGGUUCAUGGGCUGGUUUGGCCCAGUUCCGUGACUAGUGGGGCGGAGGGAUCUGCAGAUCCCCGCCUCUGGAAAAAA